GUCGCAACUGCGAAUAGGAGAAAUCAAUUUUGAAUGUUCCCAGUAUGUUUUAUAGGAGCCAUUAAAUAUGUUGAUUAUGCAAGAAAAAGUAUUUUUAUACCGUCGUGACGCAUGGAUAACAGGUUUAAAUCUACUGGCCAUGAAAAAUUGAUUCAAGGCUCACAUCGUUCUCUGUAAGAAAAGCAAUGCCUGAUUGGGAUGAAGCCUGCAACGGAAAAUACCAAAUUCUCACAGCAUUUCUUUUAUGUUGCAUUCAGUUGCCCAUCACUUUCAGCGACCACUUGCUCCACCUUUACGGCUGGACACCUCCUCACAGGUGUCGUUUAACACCCCAGAAUAGCACAGCCCUCGGCCACGCUCUUCCCUGGCCCAUCGUGGAGGUGAAAGGCCGCAAAAUGUUUGCCUCCUGCUCCAUGUAUAUAGAUCCCAAUGACCAUUUAGCCGGCAUCCAACCCUGUAGUUACGGUUGGGAAUAUCUUCACAGUGAAGAAGAGUGGACACUCAUCACAGAGUGGGACUUGGUCUGUGAGCGAGAAUACCUGAUGACUCUUCUCCCGUACGUGUACACAGUUGGGACGAUGCUGGGAGGGCUGCUGUUCGGAGUUCUAGCUGACCAUUAUGGUCGAAGAUUCAAUCUCCUCGCCGCGCUUUUUCUUCAUACAGUUUUAGGACUCAGUCUACACUUCUUUUCUCUCUUCACUAUUUUUGCUGUUGGAUACUCUUUACAAGGAGUUUUAGUCACGGCCAUCCAAUGCAUUUCUUUCACAUUACUUUUAGAAACUGUCCAAUAUCAUCAUCAUCUGAAGGCGACCAUUUGCUUAUGUUUCGUCACCCCCAUUGGCAUCAUAAUCCUGUCCAUCAUUUCGUGGCUUAUAAAGAACUGGAGGUACAUACAGUUGGCGAUAUCUGCUCCAGGAAUUGUCUGCCUGGGCUACUUUUGGUUGAUUCCUCGGAGUUUGCCAUGGCUCUUAGCCGAAGGUUAUACUAAUGAAGCCGAAAAGCAGUUGGUCCAUUUCGCCCGAUUCAACAGGGCGAUGCUGCCGCUCAACUUCCGCGUCCGCAUCCUCAGCUUCUGCAAGAAGAUAAAAUCUUACACCACCGGGUCUCAGCACAGCCUGGAGACAGUCGUCUGCUCAACAAAAAUCAGAAGAUACACUUUUAUACUUUACUACAUGUGGUUUGUCAUAUCUCUGGAUUCCGAAUCAUCUUCCUCGGAGCUACCAGCGUUAAAAAAUAACAAGUACGCUUCGCUCUUCGUGAAAGGAUUGAUGGAUACCGGAGUUCUUAUUUUAGUGUAUUUCUUUGCUCAAAGAUUUGGACCUCGCUCUGCUCAUGGAACGGCACUAGGUGUAGGUGGGCUGUUUUGUAUUGGAUCCGUACUUCUUGGGUAUAGCACAUACUUCAGUGAAAUCAAACCAUUUAUUCACUUGUUGACUUUGCUGUCUCCAAUACUAUCCGUAAUCGGGAAAGCCUGUAUUCGAUCUGCCGCUGCAACAAGCAUCUUUUUCACGCUGAAGAUUUUCCCAACUGGUGUAAGAGCCAUUGGAUUGGGUUCUUGCUUAUUCUGGUCCAGAACAGCUCAUCUGAUUGGAAUUCAUAUCUCUUCACUGGAAGUGGAAAACACUUACAACAUCCCCUUGGCGGUGUACGGCUUUCUUUCCAUCAUCGGUGGAUUUCUGACGUCCUUCUUACCUGCCAACUGUCACAGACCUCUUCCGAACGUGGCCAUCGAGGUGGAAAAAGCUAUAAUUCUGGAUGAUUUCGUUCGGCGGAAACGUGCACGGCCCCUGGUCGCCCCCCUUCAACGCACGCUUUCUUCAAUCGAUACGGAUGUCCUACACUUCGAUGAGGAACAAGAGAACGAGAGGAACAACACCUUGCUAGAGCUGAGUGUUCGUGAAUUCCAGAAUUCAAGACUACAACACGUAUCGACUUGUCACCUGAGGGACGUGGCAGGACCGAGCCGGUUGUGCCACGUAACAGACAGAUCCUCCAUUUUGGACAAGGAAGAUACAGAAUCUAGACUUACGGACUUAGAAGACGAGCUGAAUAGAAUUUGGGAAGUAAAUCCUGUUCCAGAAGAGGCCAACACAGAUUCGUUAGCAGAGUUUCGCCAUGGUGAUGUGAGAGAACAUUAUGUUCGAAUGAAUGAAACGCGUUUUUGAUACAACUCUGAUAUGAACUGAAAUAAAUUUAUA